AGCAGGAGCUCCCUCCUCACAAUCAGCACGAUCAGCACGAUCAGCACGAUCAGCACGGACUUGUUCCGGACUCAUCAGUCAUGCCAAAAGUGAAAUCCUCGCGCAAAUCUCGCCGCACGUCCAAUUCGGCCCAUCCGGCUCAAGGGGGGCGGGAGGCGGCGGCUGGAUGCGGUGGACAACAGGGUAUGGUGUUUAACACGGGUCUGGGACAGCACAUCUUGAAGAACCCGUUAGUGGUGCAAGCCAUUAUCGACAAGGCUGCCUUGAGACCCACUGAUGUGGUGUUAGAGAUCGGUCCGGGCACGGGCAACCUCAGUGUGCGAGCCCUGGAAAAGUGCAAAAAACUCAUCGCUUGUGAAGUCGAUCCCCGGAUGGUAGCGGAACUCCAAAAGCGUGUCCAAGGCACCAAUUAUCAGUCCAAAUUGCAAUUGAUGGUGGGCGAUGUGAUCAAAACAGAUCUGCCCUUCUUUGACGCGUGUGUGGCCAACGUGCCCUAUCAGAUCUCGUCGCCCUUGGUGUUUAAACUGUUGCUUCAUCGUCCGUUCUUCCGGUGUGCCGUGCUUAUGUUUCAACGCGAAUUCGCCCAAAGGCUCGUGGCCCAACCUGGAGAUAAACUCUAUUGUCGCCUCUCCAUCAACACCCAGCUCCUGGCUCGUGUAGAUCACGUUAUGAAAGUGGGCAAAGGCAAUUUUCGCCCGCCUCCCAAGGUUGAAUCAAGUGUGGUCCGCCUUGAGCCUCGAAACCCGCCCCCGCCCAUUAACUUCAAAGAGUGGGAUGGUCUGACCCGAAUCGCUUUCGUUCGCAAGAACAAAACCCUGAGCGCGGCCUUCAACCAGACCACCGUGCUUUUGAUGUUAGAAAAAAACUAUCGCGUUCAUUUGACAUUGGCCGAUCGUCCUUUGCCCGACAACGUGGACAUUAAGGCACUCAUCGAUGAGGUCCUCACUGAAAUUGAUUUCAAAGCUAAACGCGCCCGUACCAUGGAUAUUGAUGACUUUAUGAAACUCUUACAUGCGUUUAAUGCGAAAGGUAUCCAUUUUGUCUAAUAUGGGAUUGAAGAAAUCGAACUCCAAGUUUA